CUUCUACCUGUGUGGGAGAUAGACCAUCCACGCUCCUCAUUCACGUCUGCAUUCGCAAAGAAUGGCCGUAAUUAUUGCACACACUGACGAGGAUCAUCAACGCAUGGAGAAGUAAGAGGCUGUUUGAAGAAGUGCUUUACCCCACACUGAAGAGAGGCUUCUGCGUCUGAGCCGCUCUCUCGUCCUCCACGGCCCGCCGGCGACCCAUGCUAAGAGGCAGACUCCCGGUCACACACAUGUCCUCGGCCAUCGCCCCCGUCAAACCCUCCGGCACCGCCGGCCCCAAAGAGGUGGAGCUGAUCCUGGUGAAGGAGCAGAAUGGGGUGCAGUUCACCUCCUCGGCUCUGGUCAGUCCCAGCGGUCAGACGCACCCCUCCGGAGAGGAGCGCGAGACCUGGGGCAAGAAGAUCGACUUCCUCCUGUCCGUCAUCGGCUUCGCCGUGGACCUCGCCAACGUCUGGAGGUUCCCUUACCUGUGCUACAAAAACGGUGGAGGUGCGUUCCUGGUCCCGUACCUCUUCUUCAUGGUGAUCGCUGGGAUGCCGCUCUUCUAUAUGGAGCUAGCUCUGGGUCAGUACAACCGUGAAGGAGCAGCAGGAGUCUGGAAGAUCUGCCCCAUCUUUAAAGGUGUGGGCUUCACGGUGAUCCUGAUCUCGCUGUACGUGGGCUUCUACUAUAACGUGAUCAUCGCCUGGGCUCUCUUCUACCUGUUCUCCUGCUUCUCCGGGGAGCUGCCCUGGAUCCACUGCAACAACACCUGGAACAGUCCCAACUGCUCCGACCUCAACUCCACGCUGCUCAACGACACGUACAAGACCACGCCGGCGCUCGAGUACUUUGAGCGGGGCAUGCUGCAUCUUCACAAGAGCUCCGGCAUCGAUGACCUGGGUCUGCCGCGCUGGCAGCUCACCUCCUGCCUGGCUGUGGUCAUCGUGGUGCUCUACUUCAGUCUGUGGAAGGGAGUCAAGACCUCAGGGAAGGUGGUGUGGAUCACAGCCACGAUGCCCUAUGUCGUCCUCACCGUCCUGCUGCUGCGCGGAGUCACACUGCCUGGAGCCAUCGAUGGCAUUAAAGCUUACCUGAGCGUGGACUUCCUGCGCCUGUGUGACGCUCAGAGUUUUGAUCAAGACGCCAUCAUCACCAGCUCCAUCAACUCUCUGACCAGCUUCUUCUCUGGCUUCGUCAUAUUCUCCUUCUUGGGUUACAUGUCACACAAACACAACGUGGCUCUAGAUAAAGUCGCCACAGAUGGUCCUGGUCUGGUGUUCAUUAUUUACCCAGAAGCCAUUGCUACACUGCCGGGUUCAUCAGUGUGGGCUGUGAUCUUCUUCAUCAUGCUGCUGACUCUAGGAAUCGACAGCGCUAUGGGAGGGAUGGAGUCUGUGAUCACGGGACUCAUCGACGAAUUCAAGUUCCUGCACAAACAUCGUGAGCUCUUCACGCUCUUCAUCGUGGUCUCCACGUUCCUCAUCUCUCUCAUCUGUGUCACAAACGGGGGCAUCUAUGUGUUCACGCUGUUGGACCACUUCGCCGCCGGGACAUCGAUUCUGUUUGGAGUGCUGAUUGAGGCCGUCGGCAUCGCCUGGUUCUACGGUGUGGAUCGCUUCAGCGAUGAUAUCCAGGAGAUGAUCGGACAGAGACCCGGCCUCUACUGGAGACUGUGCUGGAAGUUUGUCAGUCCGUGUUUUCUCCUGUUCAUGGUUGUUGUGAGUUUCGCGACGUUCAAUCCUCCGAAGUACGGCUCGUAUUAUUUCCCCACGUGGGCGACGAUGCUGGGCUGGUGUUUGUCCAUCUCCUCCAUGAUCAUGGUGCCGCUCUACGCCAUCUACAAGUUCUGCUCGCUGCCCGGAAGCUUCUGUGACAAACUGGCGUACGCCAUCACUCCUGAGACUGAACAUCACCUGGUGGAGCGUGGAGAGGUGCGACAGUUCACGCUUCAUCACUGGCUGGUGGUUUGAGGUGAUGAUGAUGAAGAUGAAGAUGAUGGCACACGAGGACUGGAGCGCCGACAGAAGCGUAUUACUAGUUGUUUCUUUCUUGCAUAAUCGAACAUGUGGCUGUUUCGUGACUUGGAUCACAGUGUGUCAGUAUCAGUUUUACUCUCAGUAUACGAUGACUGUUAUGAUGGCUGAUGUUGUCCUCACUGACUGUUUGUUUGUUUAUUUAUUAUAUAUCUUCUGUUUGUGGUCAGAGUUCAACGGAGCCUUAUUGAUAAAUGUGGUUGACGUGUCAAAAGACAUCUUUAGCAACACUAAUGUUUAGAGACGUGUAAAUAGUGCUAUUGCAAAAAAUAUAUAAAUCUAUCCUCUCUGUGUCUGAGAAGUGCAAAUGCAUUUACGACUGAACAAGUUCAAUUGAUCACAACACAACUCUUUCAUUUUCAUGCUUUCAGUAUCGAUCAUAUGAUGCAUAAGAGAUAUCCUCAUCCAAGACUUUAGGUCGCACGAAGGUUUAACCGUUGGUCACUACAUGUUUGCAGAACUGCAGAAAAUCAAUCUGUAGGAAACAGCAUGCAGUGAUUAUAGUGUUUGCAAACAUCUUCGCGUUUAAUCCACGCAGCGGUUAACCUUCCAAACCAAUAAAACACAGCAGCAUUUAUAAGAUUUCUGUCGCACUGAAUGUUGUCAUCUACAGCU